AUGGUGGUAUUAGCCAUGUUGGUAUUAGUGCUGCUUCCCCAAGCAGUGUGCAAUGGUCCUGCUUCUAGAUGUAGCCUCAAUGAUCCUCUUCCUAUUCAUCACAAGUAUUAUGAGCCAGGAGAUCUCUUAGUUGCUGGCAUUAUUUCUCAGACCUUCUGUUUUUUAAAUCCAACAAUAUUUGAAGAGUGUCCGUCUGCAGAGCUCUUUGGUGACCUUGUGGUCUUGAAACAGCACUAUCAGCACACCCUGGCCUUGCAAUUUGCUUUAAACGAAAUCAAUGAAAACCCACAGCUCUUACCCAACUUCACUCUGGGCAUCAAUGUGUACAAUAAUGAUUUCCGUGCGCCCACAAUUUACCUGGCCUCAAUGGAACUUCUCUCUACAAAGGGCCAAUUAUUCCCUAACUACAAGUGUGAUGUUCUGAACAAUGUGGUAGCAAGCAUUGGAGGACCUAAUUCUGAUGUUGGUCUCAACAUGGCCACCAUUCUGUCAAUCUACAAGCUUCCACAGCUCACAUACGGCUCUGCAUUAAUGUUGGACACAAUCCCCCAAGGAGCAUUCUUUCACCAGAUGUUUCCAAAUGUAGCCAUUCAAUACGAGGGGAUUUUACAAUUGUUGCUUCAUUUUGGGUGGAUAUGGACUGGGGUACUUUAUCUGGAUGAUGACAAUGGGGAGAGGUUUGUACAGCAUGUUCUUCCCAAGUUCUCCCAACGCAGAAUCUGCUUUGAUUUCAUAGAAAGAUUUCCACCAUCAACUUUUUCUGAGGCUAUCAAGCAAAUGGAAGAUUGGGCCAAAAUUGUCAAGGUGGUGAUGUACAGCACUGCCAAUGCUUUGGUCGUACAUGGCGAAAUUCAAACCAUGAUAAUUUUGAGGCUAAUGCUGCAGUACACAGAAGGUGAAGGUGUACCAAUGAUGACCAAGGUGUGGAUUAUGACAGCUCAAAUGGAUCUCGCAUCAUUUCCCUUUCCAAACAGCUGGGGCACAGAAUUCAUUCAUGGGUCUCUCUUGUUCGCAAUGCAGUCAAAGGAGUUGUUGGGCUUCCAGAAAUUUAUUCAAAGCAGAAAUCCUACCUUGACAGAAGAAGAUGGUUUUAGCAGAGCUUUCUGGGAACAUGCAUUUGACUGCUCAUUCCCUGUUAAGGGGGAAGACUAUAUGGCUAGCAAAACCUGCACUGGAGAGGAGAAACUAGAGUCUCUCCCUUCAUCCAUUUUUGAAAUGAGCAUGACAGGCCACAGCUACAGCAUCUAUAAUGCUAUUUAUGCUCUGGCCCAUGCUCUGAAUGUUAUCAAUUUAUCAGCAUCCAAGCAUAGAGCAAGGAGAGACGGAGGCAAAUCACACCUUCUGAAUCUGAAGCCAUGGCAGGUGCAGCCCCUUUCUCUGUGUAAUGGUUAUUGCCAUUCGGGCUUUCAUAAAGAAAAGAAGGAAGGGGGGAAAAACGAGAAGCAUUCUUGCUGCUAUGAUUGUGCUGAAUGUCCAGAAGGGGAAAUUUCAAACAUGACAGACAUGGUUGACUGUGUUCAGUGUUCUCAGGAUCAAUAUCCAAACCACAGACAAGAUGCAUGCCUCCCAAAAGAUGUAAGCUUCCUGUCUUAUGAAGAACCCUUGGGGAUCAGUUUGGCCACUCUUGCUCUUUCCUUCUCUUUCCUCACAGCUCUGGUGCUGAACAUCUUCAUCAAACACCAGGAGACUCCUAUAGUCAAAGCGAACAACCGGAACCUCACCUACACUCUCCUUGUUUCCCUCCUGCUCUCCUUCCUUUGUGUUUUCCUGUUCCUUGGGGAACCUGAGAAGAUACCUUGCCUCCUUCGACAACCUGCUUUUGGUAUCAUCUUCUCGGUGGCAGUUUCUUGUGUCUUGGCCAAAACCAUCAUUGUGGUUCUGUCAUUUAUGGCCACCAAGCCAGGAUCCAAGAUGAGGAAAUGGCUUGGGAACAAACUGGCCGCUUCCAUCGUCCUUUCUUGCGCCUUUAUUCAAGCCUUAAUUUGUACCGUGUGGCUAGCCACCUAUCCUCCAUUUCCGGAUUUUGACAUGCAUUCAAUGACAAGGAACAUUGUUUUAGAAUGUAACGAAGGUUCAACUGUCAUGUUUUAUUGUGUCUUGGGUUUUAUGGGUAUUUUAGCCACCAUUAGCUUCACAGUGGCCUUCCUAGCGAGGAAGCUACCAGACAGUUUCAAUGAAGCCAAAUUUAUCACUUUCAGCAUGCUUUUGUUUUGUACUGUUUGGCUGUCUUUUGUCCCAAGCUACCUGAGUACAAAAGGAAAAUACAUGGUGGCCGUGGAGAUUUUCUCCAUCUUGGCCUCCUCUGCUGGGCUACUCAUUUUUAUCUUUUUCCCCAAAUGCUUUAUCAUUGUGUUGAGGCCUGGGCUGAACAAAAAAGGGCAACUCAUAAGGAGAAAUAAUUAA